AACGUUUUCAUGCUGGCACCAAAAGGCCAACAUUUGUUCUCCAGGUGUAUGAUGAAGAUGCCUUUGAUUUUCUCCUUGACACAUUUCUGUUUCCUUCUGUGCACAUCUGUGACUUUCAAAAUAAAAAGCAAUGAUACAAAGGAGGUUAGCAGCCCCUACAUACAAAUGGUUUUUAAUUAUAAGAAAAAGUGCUCAGCAUCCUCCAAAUGAAAUAAAUGCAAAUAACAACUAGCUUGAGAAUCCAUUUUUCCACCUAUGCAGUUGGCGCGGAUCAAACUUGGCUAAGGUCUGUGUUGGUGAGGAAAUGGCUGGCUCACGCCCUGUGGGGGCCCCCGGGGGUAGAAAUGUAUCCCGCCCCUUUGGAAGACAAUGUGGCAAUGUGUGUGGUGUCAGUUGCCAAUCACCUUUGACCCAGCAAUGGCAUUGCUGCUGCUUGGAAUUCAUCCGUCAGAUGUGCUCACACAUGGAAGAAAUGAUUAGGGUAAAAUGUUACCCAUUGCAACAUUGCUUGUGAUGGCAAAAUAUUAGAAACCUAAGCGUCCAUCAGUAGGAGACAGGGCCAAAUCCACAAUAGUACUUACACACCAAGAAGGGCUGCGGCAGCUUCAAGAAAAACAAAUUAGCCAGUGGGGCAACUCUUCUGUACUGACACCGUCCAAAAUAAGGCCCAGGAUGUAAAGGUAUGUGGAAAACGUACCACGCAGAGAGUUGUGUAUACAGUCUGCUCUCUGCAAGUAUAAAAUGGAAAUCUGUAUUUGUAUUUGCUUGCAAAUGUAUAACCGAUCUCUGGAGAGGAAACCUAAUUGGUUGCUUUUGGAGAGGGUAAUUAGGAUGUGGAGGCCUGGCGUGAGAGGGAAGCUUUUCACCGUACAGUUUUUGUACUUCUGACUAUUUGAGUGAUACGAUGAUGUAGCAUCCAUCCAAAAAAUCCUAGGACUUAAAAAUCAAAUAAAAACAGGAAAAGUUUUUUUUUUUUUUUUUAAGUUUAUUUAUUUAUUUUGAGAGGAGAGAACGUGAGCAGGUGAGGGGCAGAGGGAGAAGGAGAGAGAGAAUCCCAAGCAGGCUCCAUGCUGCCAGCACACAGCCUGAUGUAGGGCUCAAACCCACGAAUUGUGAGAUCCUGACCUGAGCCAAAGUCGGAGGCUCAACAGGUUGAGUCAUCCGGGCGCCCCAAGAUUUUUUUAAAGUAAUCUCUACACCCAACAUGGGAUUCAAACUUGCAACCCCAAGAUCAAGAGUUGUGCCAGCCAGGGGCCCCAAAGGAGAAAUAUUUAAAGCUCCUUUAUGAUUGUUUGUAUGCAGUUGUUAAAUUAUAUACAUGUAUACGCGUAGAGAACAUUUCAUUGAUGAAGAAGAAGAAAAGGAAGAAGGAGGAGGAGGAAGAGGAAGAGGAGAAGAAGACCAAGAAAGGAAAGCACCUCUUUAUUUCCCAUGAGGCCAGCCAGGGAGGGGGCGCCCAGCAGUGAUGUGAAAAGCAGAAGUCCAGCCAAUGGCAGAAUCUUCCCAACAUGUUAUUUGUUUAUUUCAAAAUCAAACAAUCUCUGAUAAAUAUUUAGCCCCAAUGCCUGCAGGAAAGAGGGAGGGAGGUGCUGAAAUCCCUUCAGUUGUUUAAAAUUGUCUUUGGUCUGUGGGAACUUCCCUAGAGGGCCCCAUCCCCCACCUCCAAAAAACCAAAACAAGACAAAACGAAACCCACACACCUUUCUGGGACCUUUCAGCUAUAAAAAGAGAGUCUCCAUGCUACUUUUUCCACGGUAGCAGUUGGGGCCAAGAAGGUCAUAGACAGGAAAAAGUUCUGAAAAGUCCAGGACAAAUCCACCUCACCUACAGCUAGGACAGAUUACUGUCCCCUCCCCGGGUGGCUCUCCAACCCACUCUCCACACAAAUCUUCCAAAGUGCAAACCUGAUCUUGUCAUCUUUCUUUAAAACCAUUUUAUUGUCCAAUUUCAAUCCAAAUUCCUUAGGCUACAAGAUCCUACUGGAUCUGGCAUUCCGGAGCAACCAGGCCCGACCCAGUGGAAAUGCAGUUCCCUCGGGCUAGUUCCCACCCCACCCCCUGCCCUCCUCCAGCCGCUCCCCUUCCCUCUUCAGUCCUUUGUUUUUCAACACGGCGUUCCCUCCCUACGCCUGGAAACCUCUCCCCCGACCAGCUCCGCUACCUCGCGGACUCGGCCUCAUCCCCAGGCCUCUGCCAGGAUGCCGCUUCUUCCAGGACGCCUUCCCAGGCUGCCCAGGGACGGCAGGGGCCCCAAUAGCGUAGGAGCUUGGGGUUUGGUCUAUUGCCUCGCAAUCGGGCUGUCAGAUUCAGGAGUGCAGGGGCCAAAUACCUGCAGCCUGCGGUCUCUGCUUUAAACUGCGACAUUUUGGGGCUUGAAUUGAAUGACCUCCACACAAGUGUAAGCUAGCUCCGUCUUCCAUCCGGACUCAUAGCUGGUUCUGGCAGAGCACCAGUCUGAGGAUUGCAGACUGGGACUAUUUUGGGGGUGUGGCCGGGUCCUGGAGAUUCUCAGUGCUUGCAGAGGGAGCCUGGGAAGCGUGCCCCUCACAAACAGGGGCGAAACCCUCCGGCCAGCCCCGACGCCUGCCCCUCACAAAUAUGGCAUCCUGCGGAUUCUUAUUGGUCCUGGAGGGCUCUCUGGGCAGCGCUGAUUGGCGAACGGUGGGGGCGAGGCGAGGCGAGGCGGGGCGGGGCGUCUCCGGCCCGGCCUAAAGUGCGGCUGCGGGCACCGGGACUAUGUCGCAGGCACGCCGCCACCUGCGACCCGCUCUUUUCCUGGCGGCGGUUUCUGCGCGCGUUGCAACUACUGGGGUAGCGGCUCGGCGAGGGUUGAGCGCGUGGCCCGCGCCGCAGGAGCCCGGCAUGGAGUAUCAGGAUGCUGUGCGCGCACUGAACACCUUGCAGACCAAUGCUGGCUAUCUGGAGCAGGUAAAGCGCCAGCGGGGUGACCCUCAGGCACAGCUGGAAGCCAUGAAGCUGUACUUGGCACGGAGUGGGCUGCAGGUGGAAGACUUGGACCAGCUGAACAUCAUUCACGUCACUGGGACCAAGGGGAAGGGUUCCACUUGUGCCUUUACUGAACGUAUUCUCCGAAGCUAUGGCCUGAAGACAGGAUUCUUUAGCUCUCCCCACCUGGUGCAGGUGCGGGAGCGGAUCCGCAUCAACGGGCAGCCCAUAAGCCCUGAGCUCUUCACCAAGCACUUCUGGCCCCUCUACCACCGGCUGGAGGAGACCAAGGACAGCAGCAGUUAUGCCUCCAUGCCCGCCUACUUCCGCUUCCUCACGCUCAUGGCCUUCCACGUCUUCCUCCAAGAGAAGGUGGACCUGGCAGUGGUGGAGGUGGGCAUUGGUGGCGCUUACGACUGCACCAACAUCAUCAGGAAGCCUGCGGUGUGUGGCAUCUCCUCUCUUGGCAUCGACCACACCAGCAUUCUGGGGGACACAGUGGAGGAGAUCGCGUGGCAGAAAGGGGGCAUCUUCAAGCGUGGCGUCCCCGCCUUCACCGUGCUCCAGCCUGACGGUCCCCUGGCAGUGCUGAGGGACCGGGCCCAGCAGAUCUCAUGUCCUCUCUACCUGUGCCCACCACUGGAAGCCCUGGAGGAAGGGGGGCCGCCGCUGACCCUGGGCCUGGAGGGAGAGCACCAGAGGUCCAAUGCCGCCUUGGCCUUGCAGCUGGCUCGCUGCUGGCUACAGCAAAAGGACUACCGGGGCAUCGGGGAGCUGAAGGUGUCCAGGCCCAGUCUCUUGCGGCAGAUGCCCCUGGCGCCCGUGUUCCAGCCCACGACCCACAUGCGGCAUGGGCUUCGGGACACGGAGUGGCUGGGCCGGACGCAGGUGCUGCGGCGCGGGCCCCUCACCUGGUACCUGGAUGGCGCGCACACCGCCAGCAGCAUGCAGGCCUGCGUGCGCUGGUUCCGCCAGGCGCUGCACCGCCGCCCGAGGCCAAGCCGCGGCUCUGAGGUGCUUGUCCUGCUUUUCAACUCCACCGGAGACCGGGAUCCUGCAGCGCUGCUGAAGCUGCUGCAGCCCUGUCAGUUUGACUAUGCUGUUUUCUGCCCUAACCUGACAGAGGUUUCAACUGUUGGCAAUGCAGACCAGCAGAACUUCAUGGUGACCCUGGACCAGGUGCUGCUCCGCUGCCUUGCACACCAACAGCACUGGAGCCGCCUGGCCGAGGAGCAGGCCGGCCCGGAGCCUGGUGCGCCCACAUCCUCGCUGCUGGCUCCCCCCCCGCCCGAGCCCCGCAGCACCAGCUCCCUCGUCUUCAGCUGCAUCUCCCACGCCUUGCUGUGGAUCAGUCAAGGCCGGGACCCUGUCUUUCAGCCACCCGGUCCCCCGCAGGGCCUCUUCGCCCACCCGGCGGCAGGCAGCGGGGCCGGCGUGCUCCGUGAGGCUGCCGCCAUCCACGUGCUGGUCACCGGCAGCCUGCACCUGGUGGGCGGCGUCCUGAAGCUGCUGGAGCCGGCCCUGUCCCAGUAGCCCAGGCAGUGGGGGUGGAAGCGGGGGCCUCCCGCACCUGCCCUGCGUCUCUCCACGGACUGCUACGCUAGGUGCCCUUUGUCUUUUGCUUUUCUGAUGGUCUAGACUGGCCCGGGGACCCAGGCUUUAGGCAGCAAGAUCGAGGGCUGGAGGUGGGAGGCUGAGAUGGGCCGUCCUCUGUCUCUGAGCCUAGGGUGCCUCUGGCCUCUUCUUCCUCCCGGCUGAGAGAGCCAGAGGGCUUCCUGGUCGUCCCGCGGUCGCGGUUAGGCCUGACCACGCAGCCCACCUCCCCUCCCACCCUGCCUGCUUCCUGGCUCAGGCUUAGCUUCUUAGGCCAGGCCUAGGGUCCUGCUGGGUGCUGGUUGAUAGAUUUCCUCCUCCUAGUGGCCUUCUGGGAAAGAGACGGCUCCUGCCUGGGGCCCCCUAGGGACAGAGGAUGGCUGGAGACAAUUAAAGCCUUUAACUUUUUUAAAAAAAGAAAUGGCAAACGU